UGUAUGAUUGGCACUUUUAGUUCACCAAUUUAGCAACAAAAAAAACGUAUGGCGGGUCGAACUGGACAACGGAUGUGGGUCACCGAUGGCUGGAAUUCAAUCUAUUCAUCUUAAUUCACCCAGCAACGGGUAUAUAAGGCGAUAUAAAGUAAUUUCAGCUAAAUGGUCCAGGGUGACAAGAAUACGUAAAACACACCAUGUUAGUAAAGAUGGACACUGAAUGAAAGCAUGAGAAACAAUUGACACCGUCUUUGGACUGAAUCAACUUGCAGUUGGCAAAGUUUGUAUCCAUUUGCGUCCCCACCUUAUCGCAACAGGUUUAGCACUUUGCUUUCCACAAAUGUACUUAUAGCACACCGUGUUGACAUUGAGCUUCCUUUCGGACUCGAAUGAUACAGAUUUCGGCGCGAUGGCUGAGCACGACGGUGGCCUUGAUAGUAUGUCUUUAAAUAAGUUAGACUGUCACAGUUCCUCCACCUUGUCCUCCAGCUCAGAGCAAGAAAAUGAAAUAUUCACCAAGUUGAAAGUCAGUUUGACUGACGACUAUCCGCGGAAGAAUGCGGAGAUUCUGAGCGGCCAGUACGGGACUAAUUUACUUUUGAUCGGCGUGUCCUUGAUGCUGGCUAUUGGGAACAAUGGCGCAUCCGUGAAGGAAGAGUACCUGCUGUCGUUUAUCACGACCCUCAUACUCGUCCAGCUGCUAUGGAUGAUGUGGUACAUCGUGAGGAGAGGCAUGCAGAGUAACCUACAGGCAGAAAAGGAUGUGCAUGCUACUACCUCUUGGAUAAAAGGUGGGUUAACUCUUCUUGCGCUCCUCUCGUUGAUCAUGGAUGCCUUCCGUAUUGGGUAUUUUGUGGGCUAUCGAUCAUGCCUGUCGGCUGUUGAAGUGGUAUACCCCAUCAUCCACGCAACUCACACAAUAGCACAGGUGCAUUUCCUUUGGUUUCACAUCAAAGACGUCAUCAAGUCCUUUGAGACCUUUGAAAGGUUUGGCGUCAUCCAUGCAGUCUUCACCAACCUGCUGCUGUGGUGCAGCGGUGUGAUGUCUGAGGCCAAUCACUUCCUUAACCACCACAAUACAAGGCUCAAUGCCCUGGGCUUUGUAAACCUCACCAUAGUGGAGCCUCAAUGUAAUUGCACUAUCAGUGGCUGCUCCAUGUUCGCUGACGGCCUCUACUACCUUUAUCCCUUCAACAUUGAGUACCACAUCUUUGUCUCUGUAAUGCUCUUCGUCAUGUGGAAGAACAUAGGGCGCACCAUUGACCUCCAGUACAACCGGAAAAGGCUGGCUACCAGGACCCAGUGGCUGGUGGUCGGCCCCAUCUUGGGUCUCACCGCCCUGGCCAGCACCAUCGGCGUGCUGGUGGUCUACAUCAUCCAUGUGGAAGAUGCCCUGGACAUCCGUGAGUCGACCAUCGCAAUGUUUUACUACUACGGCAUCGUCAUGCUGGUGUUCAUGUGCUCGGCCGGGAUCACGGGUCUGCUCAUCUACCGUGCCGACCCCAUGCCCAUGGACACCACCAAGAACCCCUCGCGGAAGCUGGACACAGAGCUCCUGUUCGGUUCGUCGGUGGGCUCCUGGCUCAUGUCCUGGUGCAGCGUGGUGGCCGUGUCAGCCUCACGCAGCAGCCCGAGCUACCGCUGGACCAACCUGAUGUACUCGCUGCUCAGCAUCCUGGAGAAAUACAUCCAGAACCUGUUCAUCAUUGAGUCCCUCUACCGCCAGCGGGAGGACGGUGAGAGGGAGGACGCUGAGGUGGGGGGGCCUGCGCCGGAGAUAUUCUCUGUGACCUCCUCCUUGGCUCCGACCUACAAUGGCAUCAUCAACCAGGCGUACGAGAACCCGGACAAGGGCUGCGUCACGCUGGAGAACGAGCAGAAGGAGAAUGGACAGGGGACUGGGUGCCCACAGAAACAUUUGGAAGUGCCCCUGCAGGUGGAGAACAACGUGGAGGUGAACCCGAGCAAGAAGAGGCAGAUCCUGAAGAACAUCGCCGUCUUCCUCUUCAUGUGCAACAUCUCACUCUGGAUACUCCCUGCCUUCGGCUGCAGACCGCAGUAUGACAACGGCCUGGAGGAGGAGACGUUCGGCUUCACCAUAUGGACCACAGUUCUCAAUUUUGCCAUGCCCAUUAACCUCUUCUACCGCAUGCACUCUGUGGCCUCCCUCUUCGAAGUGUUCCAAAGAGUAUGACAAGACGAAGAGGCACCGACGAGACAACAUAACAUGCACAAGAACACUUGUCACCAAGGGCUCCAUAUAGGCAAUUAAUAGCAAUACAGGUCAACCUUUCAGGAGGUGCUCUUGUCAUGUACUUUGACUUCCAAAUAAGCAUGGAAACACAUUUGUCAGUUUAGGGGGCUUAUACUAGAUAGAUGUCCCUUGUAGCAAUGCAUCUUUUGAAGCAUUUUAUAGCACCUGGUCGAAACAACAAAUGACAUUGAUAUGAGACCCUGGGUUCAAACAGUAUUCGAAAUCUUUCAAAUACUUGAGCUGUGCAUGAUUGAGCUGGCAGGGUACAAUGUAACCAAUGGAUUAGCCCGAAAUGUGCCAGAACUGGCACCUCCAAAGUAUUUGAAAGAUUUCAAAUAGUAUUUAUACCCAGGUCUGAUAUUGCUUUGUUGUGUGUUACUGCACUAAAAAGUUAAAAUUACAUUUGAAUUUAGGUCUAUCAUAAGUGUUUGGGUUUGUCUUUGAUUUUCAUCCAAGUGUCGCUGAAGUCCAGUGUUAUUCAACGCAUAUGUAAAUAGUUAAAAGUUUUGACUCGUCUCUGAUCUAGUACAGAUGUAAGCCAAGCUAUGUAUGAAUGCAUUAUGAGGGAGUAACAUGAUGAUACCAUGCAAACUUUAGAAAGUAGAUAGUGCAGUGAAACAACUUAAAUUGAACUGCCAUGCCACAUUCAUUUUUCAAAUCCACCACCGUGUUCGCAGCAUUAUGCUACUCCAACAUCAUAAAGAAGCCAAAGCAGCUCUCGCUUUGGUUAUUUAAUGUCACACCCUGAUCUGUUUCACCUAUCUUUGUGCUUGUCUC